AUGUCAACCGCCGAAAUCACCAGCGAUGGCCCUGAGGUCGCCUUGCACACCGCGGCUUCAAAUUCCUCUCCACUUACAAAAAAGGCUCCCAUACCGCCGGGGAUCUCGCUGCUAGCAGGGGGUAUUGCUGGAGGCGUCGAGGCGACUGUGACAUACCCGUUUGAGUACGCCAAAACGCGAGUCCAGCUUGGUCGUGAAGCUAGGAGCACAGGCCGGGCAAACCCGCUCACCGUUAUCUCACAAGCAUUGAGAAAUGACGGCAUCCGCUCGGUCUAUACUGGAUGCUCGACUUUGAUCCUCGGCACCACGUUCAAAGCUGGUGUUCGAUUCUUGUCAUUUGACUCGAUAAGGAACGCAAUGGCUGAUGACAAAGGCCGCCUGACUCCUGCUCGCGGGAUUCUGGCUGUAAGGAUCGACGAUGCAAAUUCCGCCGCUAGGAGAUAUCGCGGAGGCCUGCACGCCACGGCCAGCAUCUUCCGCGAGGCUGGUGUUUCGGAGCUCUACCGCGGGCUGUUGUCAACGACAAUGAAGCAGUCGGCGACCUCGGCGGUGCGUAUGGGCUCGUAUAAUGUGCUCAAAGAGUAUUGUGCGAGUAGAGGUCUUCCAAAAAGCAGUGUUGUGACCUUUGGGAUCGGCGCAAUGGCCGGCAUCAUCACGGUCUACGCGACCCAGCCUUUUGACACUGUCAAAACUCGGUCACAGAGCGCACGCGGUGCAAGUAUCUCUGAAGCAUUCCGAAUGAUUAUUAUCGACAGCGGUAUCAAAGGCUUCUGGUCUGGGUCCACCAUGAGGCUCGGUCGGCUCGUAUUUAGUGGUGGUAUUGUUUUCACCGUCUAUGAGAAGGUCGUCGCGUUGUUGAACAUAGUAUGA